GGUACCGCCUUGAGAAAAACAUCAUCAACAUUCGCCUGUUUGCUACUUUUGUCUUGCCAGUUUCGCCAUCUGCUUCUUUGCACUUCUCUUGUCAUAUAAUCCAGACACACUGCCCUUGUCCCCAAAAAGCUAAACUCACUGUAUCAUCACCUUCAUUUCGACUUGCCAUAUCUCGCCCGCACCGCCUCAUCUUGUACCAUCGCACAUCUCCACUCAGUGUCUCUACCUCUUUCCUAUUCCACGAUGCUACUACGGUUCGAAUCAAAAUGGGGACAAUUCCGGUUGAAUGUCGACCCAAAAGAACACUUUUCCUCCCUGACCAGCCAGAUUCUUGCCCAUCUACCUCCGGAUACCGAUGCCUCCACGAUUGUACUCAGUAACAAGCCUGUCAGCUCGACGCCGGCUCCGGAUAGGGAACGGCGUCUGGCCGACCUGCCAGGCGUGGAAUUGCGACAGGUUGGGCUUUCACACGGAGACAAGCUGUACAUCGGAUACCAGAACGUUGAGAAAAUGUCAAACGGACACACAGCCGACGAUAAGGCGUCUGCGCCUCGAAAGCUGAAUGGAACAAUCGCGCUACCAGAACCUACCGAUUCCAUCGCCGCGCCGACGAUCACAUCACCCACACUCGUACGAAAUCCUUGGGAGGUGGUAAAACAGUCAGCCAUCGAUGAUCGAUUAGACAAGUUAGAUGGGAAGAUAUCGCGGCCUAGAGAUCAAAAGAUGUGCCGGCAUGGUCCAAAGGGCAUGUGCGACAAUUGUCAACCGCUGGAACCCUACGAUCAGAAGUAUCUGGACGAACGAAAGAUCAAGCACCUUUCAUUCCACAGCUACCUGCGUAAAAUCAAUGCAGCCACGAACAAGCCGGAAUUGAAAAGCUCGUACAUGCCACCUUUAUCAGAGCCAUACUACAGGGUGAAAAAAGACUGUCCUUCUGGCCAUCCUCCGUGGCCGGGAGGGAUUUGCUCCAAAUGUCAACCCAGUGCCAUCACACUGCAGCCACAAGCAUUCCGAAUGGUCGAUCAUGUCGAGUUUGCUUCCGCCGACAUGGUGGACAAGUUGAUUGACUUCUGGCGCAAAUCCGGUGCUCAAAGAUUAGGCUUUCUCUAUGGUCGUUAUGAGGAAUACACUGAAGUACCCUUGGGCGUCAAGGCUGUCGUUGAAGCGAUAUACGAGCCACCACAAAUGUGCGAAGUGGACGGUCUCACCUUACUCGAAUGGCCUAACGAGAAAGAGGUCGACGAGGUCGCCAGGCUGUGUGGUCUCGAGCGCGUCGGGGUCAUUUUCACGGAUUUAAUGCCUCCCGAGGAUGGAGAAGGGCAGGCUGUCUGCAAACGACACAUCGAUUCGUAUUUCCUGGCCUCGCUCGAAAUUGCAUUUGCCGCACGCCUUCAAGCACAGUAUUCGAAGCCUUCGAAGUGGAGCGAGACUGGCAGAUUUGGCUCAAGCUUUGUGACAUGUGUGGUGACGGGUGACGAGGAACAGUCGAUCACAAUCAAUGCCUACCAAGCCUCGAAUGCCGCUGUGGAAAUGGUGCGCGCCGACAUUGUGGAACCUUCUGCCGACCCCAGUGUGAUGCUCGUGCAGUCUGAAGACGACGAAGGAGUUGACGGCAAGACUCGAUAUAUCCCCGAGGUCUUCUAUCGACGUAUCAACGAAUACGGUGCAAAUGUGCAGGAGAAUGCCAAACCCAGCUUCCCAGUGGAGUAUCUGUUAGUGUCUCUGACGGCAGGAAUGCCCAUUCAUCCCACUCCUCUUUUCAAGAACAAUAGAUUCCCUGUCGAGAACAGGGAUGCGGUCGCAGAAGGGCAAGACCCUAGAGACGUUGCCAAACAGCUCCGGUCAUCUCAAUCAGCGGAAGCCAUCUCAGACUUUCAUCUGCUAUGCUUCCUGCACGGCAUGGAAGUGUUCAGCAAGGACGAGGAACGACUUUUGUGCAGUGUCGCGACCAAGCGUGAUCAGGUAGAUACCGUUCAUCUAACCGAGUCUUCCGGAUGGGGAACCCUAAUGGCGAUUCUCGAAACAUAUGGCGGCUAGCCUCGAGCGCUAGGUAUGAGUCCAGCAAAUCACGACCGACAAUUUCACAACACGGGUCUUUUUUCCAUAUGCUUUGCAUAGCGACUGGGUGUGCGCAUUUUCAGCAUUACAGCAUUGUAGCAUGUGCCGUAUAGCGAGCGUGGGACAGGGAGUAGUAUGGGGAAGAUGAGAUGCACUGGGUGGUCGAUGCCGGAGCAACGGGACGAACAUUUGACCCAUAUGAUGCCGAUAAUGGAAGUCUGAAAGUAUGGACAACCUUCGAAGAGUCAAAGCCACAAAGAGGUCUUGACACAAAGGAUCGACAUGGUCGAAGGGGUAUUGAUCGACAGAGUCGAGGUCCCUAGAGGUGGUGAUCAUUGAUGAAGCCCUGGCCAUCAGUGACAGCGCUCCACCCUUUGCAAAAACAAAGCGUAAUUUGUACAAUAUGCCAGAGAGAUAACGAUUUGAUGACCUGCCUCAAUUCAGCUGCGCCUCCC